UCUGCGUUAAAUUAUAAGGUGUAAACCAGCCAGCAUCACGUAGAGCUAAACCGCCAACAUCACCAUCAGUAUUAUCAACAUUAUUAUUAUUAUUUUUAUUAUCAUUAUCGUUAUCACCGUCGCUGUGGUCGCCGCCGCCGCCACCGUCGUCAUCGUCAUCGUCAUCAUCUUUAUUGCCGGUAAACAAGCAGUAUCUGUCUGUAAUAGUACCACUGACAAAUAUCACGGCGACCGAGAGCUGCACGGCACUUUAAAAGCAAUGCGAAUUAUCUAAGUGUUCACUCGAGAGAACAAGGCUUUUUUUUACCAUGGCUAGAGAGAAAAUAUGUUAUGAGGGAUAUUUGCUGCACUUUCUAGCAUGUUGAUUGAUCGAGCGUGGAGAUGUUACCCUAUUCAGGUUCAACCAUAAUUUGUUCAGGAAAAAACACUGCUGGAUGCCAUAAAUUGGUGUGAAAUUGGAUAUUUUCAAAUAUUUUUACCAUUUUUUGUAAAAAAAAAAAACCCAAAAACCCCACAAAUUUCUCCUUUCCACAAAAAGCAACAAAAACAAAAGCCAAUGCCAAACAUCAUUCAAAGUGAAUAAGAAAAAGAAACAGUGUUAUUUUUUUUUUUUUUACUAAACGAAAAUAAUUUUUAAUUAAAUAUUUAAAAGUAAAUAUUAAAAAAGAAAAAAAAAACAACACGAAACGAAAUUAAUAUAUAUAUAUAUAUACAUAUAUAUAUUUAUAUAUAUAUAUACAUAUGUAUAUAUAUAUAUACAUAUAUAUAUAUGUAUAUAUAUAUAUUUUAGAAAAUAUAUUAUAUAAUAUACCUGCCCUCCCCUCUACCAAAACGUCACCCCUCACCCCCAAUGUGCAGUUGCUGUGAGAUUUUUAUAUAUAUAUAUAUAUGAAGAAAAAUAUCUCCCCUCCCCCAAACAGACUCUUUAAUCCAUUGUUGGCAGCCGUUUUAUUAUCACAGCCCAUACAUGCAUAUACAUAAACACAUACACCCAAGCAUACACAUGCACACAUCCUCCUCCGUGUCAACAACACACCCCCUAUUUCUCUGCUGAUCUUAUACUUCUCUGAAAGCACAAUCAAAAAAAAAAAGAAAGGAAAAAUUCAAAGAAUAUUCCAUUUGCUGGAAAUCUCGGAUCGUAAUUCCAUUUACAGUCGACUUUAACAUAUUUUCUUUGUGUCUGUGUGUCCAUCGUUUUAUUCUUUGUAUUAUAUUUUUAUUUGAAAAAUUUUUAAACCGACAGUCCAAAUAUUUUUUUUUAAAACCUACCACAUUCUUCCUGUCUGUCUCUUUCUAUCUCUUUUUUGUCCGUUUACCGUUCUUUCAUCCGAAUAUACGACAAACCCCCUUUUUCCCCUUGCGCGCACACCCUGAAGUCUUUCAAAACUUCUUUCUGUGAAGAAGAUUACCCAUUUGUUAUGGCCAUGGUUAACCCUAUGCUUAAUCUUGCUAACGUCAAAGACUCGCGAUGGCUGACACUGGAAGUUUGCCGCGAGUUCCAAAGAAACAAAUGUACACGCUCUGAAACAGAAUGCAAAUUUGCUCAUCCGCCCUCUCACGUAGAAGUACAAAAUGGACGCGUGACAGCUUGCUUUGAUUCGAUAAAAGGCAAAUGUCAGAGGAAAGAUCCUCCUUGCAAGUAUCUUCAUCCACCUCAACAUCUGAGGGAACAGUUACUUCAAAAUGGUCGAAACAACUUAAUUAUUAAAAACCUCCAGUUGCAGGCUGCACAGGCUGCUGCAGCUGGGCUACAACCACUGGUGCCUGGAAUGAUUCCAACAGUCGUUAUGACCCAGGCAAGUUUGAAUUAUGGAAAGAUGUAUGAGGCCAGCGGUAAGGCAGUGGCGUACCCCACCGUAAUCCCCGGACAAUUCCCUGUUUUGGCCCCUCCAUACAUAAGCACAGUCCCGACAUCUGCUGUGUUCAACCCUUACUUGAAUGCAGCAAUACCAACCGUUCCAGUGGCCGGCACUGGAAGCGAAGCAACAGUUGUCUCCACUCAAGUUCCAGGGGUGUUGCCUACAGGAAUUCCUGGAACAGCACAACAGAAAGUUACGAGGGCUGACAGAUUAGAGGUAUGUCGUGAAUUUCAAAGAUGUACUUGCACGCGACAACCUAAUGAUUGUCGCUAUGCACACCCACCUGAAAAUGUAACAGUCGACCCUUCCGACAACAUGGUAACAGUUUGUAUGGAUUACAUGAAGGGAAAGUGUACACGGGACACAUGCAAAUAUUUUCACCCUCCACAUCACCUGCAGGCACAGAUUAAAGCUGUGCAACAAAGGGCUAAUGCUGUAGCUGUGCCGACUCGAGCUCUGGGUGGUAUUACCGGUGCACCUUAUGCUAAACGUGUGGCAGUGGCAGAUAGUAAAAGUGGCGUCCCAGUCUAUCAACCUGGCAAUGUGGCCUACCAGCAGGCACUUGCAAUGCAACUUCAACAGCCAUACUUACCAGUAACAUAUUCAUCCACAAAGCUGAAUGAAAUUCAACCGUAUUUUACUUAUUCUUCAACCAAGCUGAAUGAACCUUAUUUCACUUGUGUAACUAGCAACUUGGAGUACAGUGCUGGACUCCCGCACCUCACUCAUGUCCCUCCAUCACAUCUGCCCAGCUGGCUCAUUGUCCAAACCGAUGGUUGCCUACAACAGCCUAGCAGUACCCAGUCAUGAGGCAGGCAGACAGGCAGGCAGACGGGCAGACAGGCACGCAGGCACACAGGCAGGCAGACAGACAAGGCAAUCAGACUGACAGACAGAACCCCCUCACCCAACACCGCAAUGUUGCUGGACACCCUCCCACUGUGCCGCGAUUUUAAGUCUAGCCAGUGUAACAGGCCACAAUGUAAGUUUGUGCAUCUAAUGGAGGAUUAUGUUGAAGUGACGGAGGGCAAGGUGACUGUGUGCCGUGAUUCAGUUAAGGGGAAGUGCCGAAGACACCUGUGCAAAUACUAUCACAUCCCUGUUAUAUUAUCAGCCCUUGCUGCUCCCAACUUGACCACUUGAGAAGCAGCAGCAGCAGCCGACCUACUACUACUACUACUACAGCAACUUUCUACUACUUCUAUUACAACUACAUCUACAACCACUAUUACAACUACAACUACUACUACUACUACUCUUACUGUUAUUACUUCGGUGGACAGUGUUGUUGUUAUUGUCGUCUUUGUUUUAUUGCAUCACUACAAGAUUAUUAUUAUUAUUAUUAUUACUAUUAUUAUUAUAAUUUUUAGUGGGGAGCCUACACUGAUCAUUCUAGACUCUCUUACUUUCUCAUUCUCUAUCUUUCUAUCUGUCUAUCUAUCUAAGUAUCUAUCAAUUUAUCUAUCUACAUGUCUGUCUAUGUGAAAUGGGGAUUAAGAAAAAAAAAAAGAAAAAAAGAAAUAGGCUCAAUCAAUGUAGCAGUACUAAUAGUUGCAGUAGUAGCAGUAAUAGAAGUUAGUAGUAGUAGUAGUAGUAGUAAUAGUAGUACUAAUAAUAGUCUUACAUGACUGACAGGGUGGGGCGGGUGGGAUGAGUACUACAACAUAGCCUACUACUACUACUACUACUGCUACUACAGCAACUACUAUUACUACUACUACUACUACUACUACAAGAACAACAACGGCAACAAUUCGUAUUAAUGAUGAUGAUAAUGAUAUCUUUUUAUCCGGCCAAUCAUUUAAAGGAACUGAUAGAAGAUGAUGAAAAAAGAAGAUGAAGUAAAAAAGAAAGAAAAAAAA